AAUUUUUAGUUAACUAGAUAAAAAAAAAAAGAUGAGUAUAUAUCACCUAAUCCAUUAAAUUUUUUGAGAUGAAUAUGAUUGGUGUUGCUUGGGAGUAGGAAGGUUUUGGGGCGUCAGGAGCGGCGACUUUAUUGCAACAUACAUAUCUUUUACAUCCUAUAUUUUAGGUUAUUAUCAAAGUAAAGAGGAUGUCAUCAUCAUCAUCAUAAGACUCAGAGUUUGACAAUACAACUGCCACCUUUUUGUUUCACUGACAAAAAAGUACACACCUUUUUCCUCCGCCUCCGUGUGUGUUGUGUGUGUUUAAAUACAUACACAGCCACACGAUCAUUCCCUAUUUGGGACCCUUUAACGUGUCUGUUCUUCUUCUGUAAUAUCAAGAAGAAAUGGAGGUUCCCGACAACUCUUUUGCCAAGAAACCUGAAAAAAUCAUCAUUGAUACCGAUCCCGGCAUUGAUGAUAGCAUGGCAAUACUAAUGGCGUUCCGGUCACCGGACGUAGAGAUAUUAGGAUUGACAACAAUUUUUGGUAACGUUAUCACAGAGGACGCGACACGCAAUGCAUUGUUUCUGUGCGAGAUUGCUGGACGUCCGGAUGUUCCUGUGGCCGAGGGCAGUUCUGAACCACUAAAGGGAGGAAAACCACGUGUUUGCGACUUUGUUCAUGGUUCCGAUGGACUGGGGAACAUCUUUGUCCCCCCUCCCAAAUCCAAGAAAUCCAAUAAAUCUGCUUCUGAAUUUUUGGUUGAUGAGGUUUCUGAGUAUCCUGGUGAAGUUUCUAUUCUUGCAUUGGGUCCGCUAACAAAUCUGGCUCUAGCUGUAAAGAGAGACUCAUCCUUUGCGAGCAAGGUGAAGAGAGUGGUGAUACUAGGUGGAGCUUUUUUUGCACUAGGAAACGUUACUCCGGCAGCUGAAGCAAAUAUAUACGGUGACCCAGAAGCUGCAGACAUCGUAUUCACUUCUGGGGCAAACAUUGAUGUUGUCGGCAUAAAUAUCACAACGCAAGUACAACUGACAGACACACACCUAGACGAGCUAAGGAGGUCAGAAGGAAAGCACGCACAACUUAUAUGUGAAAUGUGCAAAUUUUACCGCGACUGGCAUGUCAAAUCUGAUGGCGUCUACGGAAUCUUCCUUCACGACCCUGUGAGUUUUGCGUUGUUAGUUAGGCCGGACCUCUUUACGUUCAAGAAGGGAGUCGUGAGGGUGGAGACGCAGGGCAUUUGUGUAGGGCAUACGCUAAUGGACCAAGGAUUGAAGACAUGGAACUCAAGCAACCCAUGGUCAGACCAUUCUCCUGUCUCAGUCGCAUGGACUGUUAACGUGGAACAAGUCCUUUGUUUUGUUAAGGAAAAUUUAAUGAAGCCCUGAUUGUUUCGAUGUUCAUAGGUGAAAUGAAAUGCUUUGAUGCCUUGGUAUCAGCCAUUUAAGUCUUCCUCGUACUGCUAACAUUGUUGCGGAUUAAGUUUCAGUUAAUGUUUUUGCCUAUAGAACAGCAAUAUUGUUCUCUUCACAUACGCAGUUUCUCUUGAAACAACUAUUAGUGUCCA